CAUAAAGAAACAAAAGAAAAGUUUAUAAAUGGAGUUCAUAAAUAGUUAAAAUUGGUUAAAAGGUGUGCUGGUUAAAAGUAUAAAUAUAAUAUGUAGAGUUUAAUAAACAAGACUAUUUACAGUUAAAGUUAAAUUCAUUAUAAAAAUGUUUUUGUUUCAUUUGAGAGAAAAAGUAGAGAAGAAGAAACUGUGUUUAUCUGUGUAACCUAAUCUGUUACCUGUCACCUGUCAAUCAUUUAAUUCCCGUUUUGCUUUUGGCCUUUUGUUAGUACUUGAGCCAAUCAGAGUAAUAUCAUUGUGUAAGGGGCGGGACUAGUGGGACAGGUUUGUGUGAGGAGUAGUGAGCACGUAUGGAAAACGGAGAACAGACGCUAUAAUGAGAGCGCUAAUGAAGGAGGCAUCGUGGUGUGGGAAGCAUUAAUGUUUUAUGAAGGUCGACUACUCGUGGUCCUUACAACAAAAAACUUUGGUGUGACCUGCAAGAGGAGACGGACGUUGGUGAGCGAGAGACUGGUUUUCCAACCGAAGGCCCUGCUGUUUCUGCUUUGCUGUUUCUGUGUGCCCUGCCGUGAUCAUCUGUGCUGUGCUUCUUCCUUUGCCAUUACCAUCGCUAUUGCCAUUACCCUCGCUGUACUAACUUAACCUGGAUUCGUGAGUACUAACAUUCACCUGCACGUGCUUUUUUUGUUUAUGCUCAGUUUCUGAGUGAAGCGGCCAUUCCAGUUUUUAGGCCUCACCGCACACAAAGUGUCAUCGAACAGGCCUGCAACGGGGUUGGACAUUUUUUCAGAGGGAAUGAAUGAUUGUUUAAUUUCAAUAUAACCACAGAAAGGUUUUUUCCUUUUGGGAAAGUGAAGUUUUCUUUAUUGUUUUAGUUUUUUAUUUCAUAUCUUUUCAUGCUUAUGUGAUUUGUUUUAUUUUAUUCUAAGAUACAUUUAUCUUUUAUUUAAUGUUGUAAAUAAAUACUUGUUAAUAUUUUUGUAAUCAAAAUACAGUUGUGGUGGUCUUUAUAAGAAUUACAAAUAUACAUUUAUUAAGUAACAUAUAAAACAAGUUGUAUUUUCCUACAACGAGCCCAGGCCCAGUCUCAUUGUAUUAACCACUCUAGCUUUAUUUUCUAACUACAUGAGACCUGGGUUACAUAAAAUGGAGGCACCGCUGGGAUUUAUUUAACAUAAACAGGAAUUUAUAAAAAUAGAGUACAAGCCAUUAGACCCCACAACUUUAGAGCAGUAGUAUAGAGCAUUUGUAUAAAAAUAACGUGCUAACAGUAACUAAAAGCAAUUUAAGUAAAGUACAGCAUGGCAAGCCAAACAAGUAGUUCAUCACAACGUGAGCUAAUUAACUGGUGCAAAGGAGAAUCAUUAGAUUUAAAGCAUGCCCUCCUUUUACAUGGAGUGCCAGAAGGUGUUUCAAGAGAAGAGAUUGAAGAAACAGCAGGGACUAUCAAAGCAUUGGGAAAAGUUAGAGUGAGAGGCAAAAUGUUUCACCCUCAACAACAAUCAGUAAUGGUGUUAUGUGAGUGUCGUGAAGAGAUUGACCCUUCCAAAAUCCCACCUGAGAUAAUGCCUAUAAGUGAAGGAAGUGGUUGGAAAACUGUCUAUUACACAGAGCCUCAGCUUGAUAACUUUGAAGAGAAGCUACUUUCCUUUUUGCAGAGCGAAGGGAGAACCUUAGAUGACUUGCCAGGUUUAUGUUCACUCACCAAAGAGGGUAACAGUAACCCUGAAGACAUCAUCCGUGCGGUCGGUGAUGUUAUGACCAGAACAAACCAACAACAUGACAGUCACCCAUACAGACGUCUGCGGACAUUCUCCGGGGUCAGUCCCACCCCAACUGGAGAAGAGACCUUAGAUAACUGGCUGGAACAAGCAACACUCUUAGUAGAGGAAGGUGAGUGCUCCGACAAAGAAAAACGGCGUCGGAUACUGGAGAGUCUUAAAGGGCCCGCCUUUGAAAUCAUUCAAGCUGUGCGCCUGAAUCAACCUGAUGCUAGCCCAAGUGAGUACAUAAAGGCUAUAGAGAGCAUUUUUGGUACAGUAGAGUCCGCAGAAGAACUAUACUUGUCGUUUAGGGCCCUCCACCAACAGUCUGGUGAGCGUUUGUCUGAGUUCCUACGAAGAGUAGAAAAAUCUCUUGUCAAAGUAGUACAGGGAGGUGGUUUACCUGUUAGCGCUGCCAAUAGCGCUCGUUUAGAGCAGCUUCUUAGAGGGUCUACCUCUGAACUCAUGUUGCUUCAGUUGAAAAUCAGGGAGCGGAGUAGUAAUCCCCCUACAUUCUUGAACCUGUUAAGAGAAGUGAUGGAAGAGGAGGUUCGCCAAUUAGCCAAACAAAGCCAUUUGUCACACAUGCGUCCUCAGCGUGUACGCACUGUCCAAGCUGAAAAGGAGAAAGAACCUGAAUCAGUCUCUAGGAGUGAACUGCAAGCUCAGAUUCGAGAAUUGAGAGCGCAGCUAGAGCAGAGAAACAACCUACAACCUCAGCCAAUCUCUGAUGAAUCUUUUACAGGUCUGAAAGAGAACCAAAAACAGAAAAAUGAGUCACAGAGUGAAUUGCAAUCGCUAAGGAAACAAGUGAAAGCCUUAGAAAAUAAAAUGAGUGUAAUGGCAGUGAAAUACACAUCAGACCCCCCACAAGAACACACACCUCAGCCUCACCGAUACAAAGCAGCUCCAGUUUACAAGCCCGCUCAUUCCAAAGUUUUUCCUCCCCGACAAGACAAGGAUGAGUUUUUCUGUUAUCGGUGUGGGGAAAAUGGACACAUAGCCACCAGAUGUACUGCCCCUGAGAAUCUCCAGAAAGUUAUUAGAAAGCUUAUACGCUUAGUGCGAGUUUCCCCUUUACCAAACAAAGAGAACCCAAAUCCUGCAGCUGAAGAGCAGCAUGUAGCUAGAACCAAUAAGGUUGAAGUCUCAGAACAUAACACUGACUUACCUGAAGGUCUCGUAGGUCCAUCAUUUAUACACACCAUCAAAGUUAAUGAUGUGGUCUGCAAUGCUCUUAUCGACAGUGGGUCUAACGUGACUAUUAUUUUUGAAAGCUGGUAUAACAAACACUUACCUGAUGUCCCGAUAAAACCCCUCUCUGGUCUGGGACUCUGGGGCCUUUCAGACACUGAGUUUCCUUACAAAGGAUAUGUUGUGGUUGAGAUGGAGUUCACUGAAGAGAUUACUGGUGUAUCGGGACGAGUAGAAGUGCUUGCUUUAAUCUGCCCUGAGCCAAGAAAUCAGCAACAAACCCCAGUAUUGGUUGGCACCAACACAUCUCUGUUUCGCCGCUUAUGGGAGCUGGUGAAGACAAAAGGUGACGAGAACAUUGUGCAUUCAAUGAGGAUUCAGUCUGUUUACGCACCUGUCAAAGCACAAGAGCAGUUUGCAAAAGAUGAAGUCUUGGGACAGAUAAAGUGGAAAGGACCUGGUUUACUCUCAAUUGCUCCAGGUGUAAAGUACUAUGCAACAUGCAAAGUGGAAAGACAGAGUGCCCCGUCCAAAGACCUUGUACUGAUUGAUGCACCCACUGAACAGUUGCUCCCUGCCGGUCUACUGGUACAGCCUGGUGUGCUCUCAGACGCCAACAUAGAUAAUAACAGUUUCACUGUCCUCAUUCAGAAUGAGUCCAAAAGGGCAACUUCCAUCCCAGUUGGGACCAUCGUUGCUGAGAUGUAUGCUGUUGACACAGUUACCCCAGUUCAGCUUUCCAACCUCCCAGCUGAAACUCUAGACCCAAGUCUUUUCAAUUUCGGGGACUCUCCAAUUCCGGAAGAGUGGAAAAGUCGGUUUCAGCAGAAGUUGGCUGAGAGGCGGAAUGUCUUCUCACUGCAUGAGUGGGAUGUUGGUCGCGCCAAGGGUGUUGAACACCACAUACGCCUGCAUGACCCCAGACCUUUCAGGGAGAGGUCAAGGAGAAUAGCCCCUGCCGACAUAGACGAUGUGCGGCGACACAUACAACAACUACUGGCCACUGGCAUUAUCACUGAGUCCCGUAGCCCAUACGCCUCACCAAUUGUGGUAGUCCGCAAAAAGAAUGGGAAGAUAAGAAUCUGUAUUGAUUACAGAACACUGAACAACCGCACCACACCAGAUCAGUACACAAUGCCACGCAUUGACGAUGCCUUGGAUUCUCUAUCAGGCAGCCAAUGGUUUUCAGUUCUGGAUUUGCGCAGUGGUUACUACCAGAUAGAGAUGGCUCCGGAGGACAAAGAAAAGACAGCGUUCAUUUGCCCUCUCGGUUUCUAUCAAUUUGAGCGCAUGCCACAAGGAAUCACAGGAGCGCCAGCAACAUUUCAGCGCUUAAUGGAAAAGGCUGUAGGCGAUAUGCAUCUUCUGGAAGCUCUCGUAUACUUAGAUGAUAUCAUCAUUUUCAGCAAGACACUUGAGGAGCACGAGCAACGUCUUCUCAAGGUGUUGGACAGACUAGAGGAGGUCGGAUUGAAGGUUUCUAUUGACAAAUGCCAAUUCUGUCAGCCCGAGGUCAAGUAUGUGGGUCAUAUUGUUUCUGCUAAUGGAAUAGCUACGGAUCCAGACAAAAUGGAGGUAGUAAAGCAUUGGAAAGAGCCUACUCACUUGAAACCGCUGAAGUCCUUCCUCGGAUUUUGCAGUUAUUAUCGGAGGUUCAUUGCAAACUAUUCUGCCAUUGUCCGUCCCCUCUCCGAGCUCACUAAAGGUUACGCCUCCACUUGGCAAGACCCCAAGACUAAAAAAAGUGUUGACUCAAGCAAAGUCUAUUUCAAGCCGUCAGAGCCGUUCGGAGAGCGGUGGACUAAAACUUGCCAGGACGCUUUCGACCGUAUUCGUGACUGUUUGAUCAAUGCCCCAGUGCUAGCUUUCGCUGACCCCACAAAACCGUACAUCUUACAUGUGGACGCCAGUAUGAAUGGUUUAGGCGCUGUUCUGAACCAGGAAUAUCCUGAGGGCCUCAAGCCAGUAGCUUUUGCCAGUCGUAAGCUUAAAGAUUCAGAACACAACUAUCCAGUCCAUCAAUUGGAAUUUCUGGCAUUAAAAUGGGCUGUCGUGGACAAGUUUCACGAUUACUUGUAUGGAGCAAAGUUCAUAGUAAGAACUGACAAUAACCCAUUAACAUAUGUAUUGACCUCUGCCAAACUCAGUGCCGUCGGACAUCGUUGGCUCGCCGCCCUCGCCACCUACGAUUUCACCAUCCAGUAUCGACCUGGGAGACAUAAUGUUGAUGCUGACUUGUUGUCCAGACAGUACUCUUCAGAGGAGACAGAAGAGUGGACUAGUGUUCCACCUAGUGGCAUCAAAGCCCUCUGCAAAAGAGCCUGUGUCAGUGAAGAGGCUGAUGUGCCAGACAGAUUAGUUGAUCAAUUGGGAGCUCCUGCCACCGCAGUACCUGAAGCUUAUGUGUGUCCAGUGAACCUUAGCAUGAAUACACUUGACCAAUUGAGCUCAAAAGACAUUCAAGCAUCACAAGAUAUGGACCCAACAAUUGGACCAUUAAAGAAAGCUCUGGAGAAGAAUAAAUGUUUGACACGCUCAGAGAAUGACUCACCGGAAACUGUGCUGCUCCUUCGUGAAAGCCGCAAGUUGGAGUUAAGAGAUGGAAUACUCUACAGAGUAAAAGAAAAGAUAUGCGGGAAACAGAUCAAACAACUUGUCUUGCCCACAAGAUACCGCCCAAUGGUGUUAAGGUCUCUACAUGAUGAGUGUGGACACUUGGGAGUUGAACGCACCACUGAACUGAUCAAGGACAGAUUUUAUUGGCCACGAAUGACAGCUGAGGUCGAGCAGUACAUUCGAACCUGUGGUAGAUGUAUCUCCAGAAAGACACUCCCUCAACAUGCCUCGCCCUUAAACCAAAUAACGAGUAAUGGCCCCUUGGAUUUAGUUUGUAUCGAUUUUUUGCAAAUAGAGCCUGACUCUAAAGGUGUUGCUAAUGUGUUGGUAGUGACAGACCAUUAUACACGUUACGCACAAGCAUUUGUUACAAAAAAUCAAAAGGCUAUCACAGUUGCCAGGGUAUUGUGGGACAAGUAUUUUGUGCACUAUGGCCUACCUGCAAGGAUACACUCGGAUCAGGGCCGAGAUUUUGAAAGUCGCCUGAUAAAAGAACUCUUGUCCAUGCUUGGGAUUCGGAAGUCAAGAACAUCUCCCUACCACCCUCAAGGGGAUGCCCAACCAGAACGAUUCAAUCGAACACUUUUAGCCAUGCUUGGUACCCUAGAUGCC